AUGCGUGGGGCGGCGACGCUGCUGGAAGACGUCUAUUUAGAAAGCAAGGCCUUUUGGCGCCUUUCUCCAAACCACGAGUCUUGUUUCGACCCUGUUGAGACAUUGCCGCCUCUGCUACAAGCGUCUCUCCCAACUCUCGCCUCAACAGCCCACUUGCCAUCCCAUUGCUCUAAGCGUCGCAGCUUCUCCUCGCAGGGAGGAAGUCUGCUUAAUAGAAUGUUUGGAGGCUCCAACUCCAACUCGCUAGAUUCCAAGACCGAGACCGAGACCGAGACCGCCUCUGACCGCAAGCCGCCCUCUCCCAAGGCCACCGCCGCUCCCCAGCCCAUCUCCGUCGCUGCCAUCAAGACGACCGACCAGGCUGCCAGCGGUGACAAGCGCCACACCAAUGGGAGCCCGCCCACCAGGCAGGAUAACGGCGGUUCCACAGACAAGAAACGCCGAAGCAGCAGCGUCAGCAGCAAGGCCAGCAGCCUCCUCGCGUCUGCCAGGAGCUCUUUUGGCUUCUCUCCCAGCUCGCGCCACAGCCCCGACAUGAGCUCUCCCCUCCAGAAGCUCGGCAAGCAGGACCCGGCCCUGGCCGUGCCCCAGGGCCACCAGAACAACUCGGCCGGCGAUUCAGUCCCCGGCCCCAAGUCGACCUUUCGCGUCGGUGUCUGGGAGGACCGCAAUAGAAAAUGUCGUCGUACCAUGGAGGACACGCAUGCUUUCCUCUACAACUUUCUCGACUCGUCUGCCGUUGACGGCACCGCCAGCUCCAAGUCUGACAAGUCAUCCACCGACGCAUCAAGUACGGAAGUCGCCGAGUCUGACAAUGGCUACUUUGCCAUCUUUGACGGACACGCUGGUACCUUUGCCGCUGACUGGUGCGGCAAGAAGCUCCAUAUUGUUCUCGAAGACGUUGUCAGGAAGAAUCCCGAUGCGCCUUUGCCCGAGCUCCUCGAUCAGACAUUUACAAGUUGCGACGCCCAGCUAGAAAAGCUUCCUCUGAAAAAUAGUGGAUGCACGGCUGCCAUUGCCGUAUUGCGCUGGGAGAAGCGGUCUGCCAGCGACCGCCACAAUGUUACCAUUCCCAACAUCUCUAUACCCGUCGCCAAGAAUGGGAAGCUAUCCGAGCCCAACAGUGAUGUAGAAAAGGCAAACCCGGCCGACGAGGAAGCACCUACCUCGGCGCCGUCGAAACCGCCGCCGAACAAACAGCGAGUCUUGUACACGGCCAACGUCGGCGACGCUCGUAUUAUUCUAUGUCGUAACGGCAAGGCUCUUCGUCUGUCCUAUGAUCACAAGGGCAGCGACGAGAACGAAGGGAAACGCAUCAGCAAUGCUGGUGGUUUGAUCUUGAAUAACCGAGUCAAUGGCGUAUUGGCUGUUACUCGCGCCUUGGGCGACGCCUACAUGAAGGAUCUCGUCACUGGGCAUCCUUACACUACCGAGACGGUCAUCCAGCCCGAGCUUGACGAAUUUAUCAUUAUUGCCUGCGAUGGACUCUGGGAUGUCUGCGGCGACCAAGCAGCCGUCGACAUCGUCCGCAAGAUACAGGACCCCACCGCCGCUUCCAAGCGCCUCGUCGAGCACGCCCUAAGUCGUCUUAGCACCGACAACCUGUCCUGCAUGGUUGUCCGCCUCGACAAGGACGCCAUGCAGCGAGCCACCAACGGUGCAACCACCGCUGACGCCGACAGCGACAGGGCCACUGCCAAAACCACCGAGGUGGACAAGAUUGUGGCCGAGACGAAGCAAAAGAUUGCCGACGGCUCCACUGCGCCUAUUGGCGUCUCGGCCACCAACAGCGGUCGUGGAUACGACGACGCUGCUGCUGAGGAAGAGUUUGUGCCCACGACCCUGGACGAGUCUGUCGUCGAGGAAGAGGUGGCCGUCGUCGACGACGACGAGGACGCCGAGGUAGCACGCGCCGGGGAGGACACGCUCGUACAAGAAAAGCCCGCCAAGGGCGGCACUGUGCUCUAG